AUGUGUGAAGGCCUCCUUGCAGAGGAGGGAUUGCUGCAUUCCGAGAAGGAGUUCCACAAUGCAGCGAAGCGUAAUGACACGGCCAGGAUGGAGGAGCUCAUCAGGAGAGGGGUCGACAUCAAAGCCAAAAACAAUACAGACCGGACUGCCCUGCACUGGGCUGCGGGAGCAGGGAACGUGGACGCUGUGCGACUGCUCCUGGACCACGAUGUCCCAGUGGAUGAUGAAGACAGUUUUGGAAUGAAUGCGCUCCUCCUGUCCGCCUGGUUUGGCCACCUCCGCGUCCUGCAGAUCCUCAUCAAUGCUGGCGCCAAGAUUAACUGCGUCAAUAGGAAUGGCAGGAACCUGCUCCACUGUGCGGCUCAGAGGGGACACAUCCAGGUGAUGGAGUUCAUCAUGGAGGACCUGGAGGAUGUGUGUGUGGAUAAGACAGAUGAGAUGGACAGGACAGCGUUUCACCUGGCUGCAGAGAGUGGGCAGCUGAAGGUGGUGGAGUUCCUCAUCCAACUGGGUUGUUCUCCCAGCGCCAAAGACAAGGAAGAAAAUACAGCGUUGCAUUUAGCUGCUAAAAAUGGACAUCUCUCUGUGCUGCAGAAGAUUAUAGAUGUUGGAGUGGACCUGGAUGAAAAGAACUUAGAAGGACUUACGGCUCUGCACCUGGCUGCUGAGGGGGGUCACAGUGACUGCGUGAAGCUGCUCCUGGAAGCAGGUUCCGAUGUCAAUGCGCAAACCCAGAAGAAGAUGAACUGCCUUCAUUACGCAGCCCUGCACGGCUACGAGGAGAUAGCCAGGAUCCUCAUGGACGCAGGAAUCCACGCAGAGGCUGUGAAUCAUCAAAACGUAACAGCGACACACAUUGCGGUCCUGCAGAACUUCCCAGCCUUGGUGAAGCUCUUUAUUGAUGCGGAGUGUAACCUUGACAUUCCAGAUAAUAGGCAGCAGACCUCGCUCCACAUCGCCGCGGAGCAUGGCAGGCAGGACAUUGCCGAGAUGAUUCUCAUUGCAGGAGUUAAUCUGAAGCUGGCAGACAAGCAAGGGAAAACGUCUCUGGAUGUCGCCGCCCGAGGCAAUCACAUCAGCUUGGUGGACAUGAUUAUCAAAGCCGAUCGGUUUUACAAAUGGGAGGAGGACAACCUGAACAGUGACUCGGACUCGUGGCUGGCCAAGCACUUGACCUUCAAACAAGAUCACAGGCUGGAAACGCGGCACAUCCGCUCAGUCAUGUGGAGAUUAGCUACUAAGUACCUCAAACCUGGGGAAUGGAAGAAGCUGGCGCAUUACUGGAAAUUCACCGACGCCCACAUUAGGGCCAUUGAGCAGCAAUGGACAGGUACUAAAAGCUACAGGGAGCACGGCCACAGAAUGCUGCUUAUCUGGCUGCACGGCGUGAUCACAGCAGGAGAAAAUCCAAUCAAGGGAUUGUACGAAGGCCUUGUGGGGAUUGGAAGAGGAGAUUUAGCAGAAAGCAUUCGGAAAAAAGCAAACGCAGACUCUGCCUCUCCGCGGAAGUGUGUCGUGAUGUAA